AUGGGCAAAGGUGGCGACAAAAAGCCCGCAAAGGGCAGCAAAUCCAAGGACCAAUCCGGGGAGAAAGAGAAGGGGAAAGGAGGCGGAAAGGGAGGAUUAAAGGCGGCAAAUUCGAUUAAUGUUCGACAUAUUCUUUGCGAAAAACACUCCAAAAAAGAAGAAGCCCUCGAAAAGCUUCGCAAUGGCGCAAAAUUCGACGAUGUCGCCCGCGAAUAUUCGGAGGAUAAGGCUAGACAGGGAGGAUCACUUGGGUGGAAAGUCCGUGGGAGUUUACAUGGUGACUUUGAAAAAGUUGCAUAUGAGCUGGAACCUAGCACGACGGCGAAUCCCAAGUAUGCAGAGGUCAAGACGGGGUUUGGGUAUCAUAUUAUUAUGGUAGAAGGGAGGAAGUAA